AUUUGUGAGUUCAGCUGGGUUGACUGGUCGCCAUUUCUUUCCGGUGUCAAAUACUACUGAAGUAGUAUCGCGAAACAAGAAAAAUGACGAAGGGAACUUCGAGUUUUGGAAAACGCCGCAAUAAGACCCACACACUGUGCCGUCGGUGUGGACGCUCAUCCUACCACAUCCAGAAGCAUCGGUGUGCCCAAUGUGGAUAUCCGUCGGCCAAGUUGCGCUCAUACAACUGGUCCGUGAAGGCUAAGAGGAGGAAGACCACUGGAACUGGCCGUAUGCGCUAUCUGAAGAAUGUCAGGAGGCGCUUCCGCAAUGGAUUCCGUGAGAAUGUCACUGCAAAACCACGCAAGGCACAGACAUAAGAAUUUUUGUGUGUAAAUUGUGAGUUUGGAUAUUAAAGGAAGCCAAGCAAACAUUCUCUGGUAUGGAA